AUGACGGCUCACAUUUCUAUUUCUUUGCUAGAAUUCUUGAAGAAGAGGAAGAUCACCGACGGACGGAGCGAGUGGAAAGAAGGGAGUCAAAAAGACUAGGGUGGAGGAUUGGGUUGGGCCACGAGACGUGGUGGUUUUGGUGAAUGAGGGAAGCCAUGGUCUGCUCUUUGCCGUCUUUCCCUCUUUCUCUUCGCGUCGUCUCAUUUGACACCUUGGUCCAUCUUGCCCGAAGGAGGUGCCCGGGAUACCUUACAUUAGCCUCCCUUCCAUAAUCAAUGGGUGGUAUCAUCGGAAGAAAGGACGGAGGUACGGUGUCUUUCUUCACCCCGGCUGCCAAAUUCACAGCUUCCCUUUCCGUGCUGCUUGCUGCUUGCUCUUUCCAUCCCAUUGCUACGAACCUGGAAAGCUCUUUCCCCUGUGGUCUGUGGGUGGUGUACACUGAAUCAGACAAAGGAAGAAGGCGCUCUCGUCGCCCGUCGCCCGUCGCCUACGCAUACUUCAACGCUGUUGCCCUCCGUAGAGGUCGCCUCCACUUGGCUGCCAGGUCGAACUUUCCUUCCCUUCCUCAUUCCUCAGACUCACUCAUCACCAUCAUUUCUCUCACUUCACUCUCAUCUUACAAACUCACUCACCUACCCAUCUCAACCAACCGUACAUCACCUUCAACAACCCGAGACACCAUGACGGCCAUCAACGAGUUCUCGGGCCACAUCUGGAACCCGCUUCUGCUGUUCCUUACGGCCCUUUUCAUAUAUCUGGGAUCCUUGAGCUACCGUUCAUGGAACCGUCUCAGACACAUCCCCGGACCACCAGGUGCCGCCUUGAGCAAGUGGUGGAUGCUACGUAACACACUGGGUGGGCAGAUGCAUCUCGCUCUCAAGCGAGCCUGUGAUGACUAUGGCCCGGUCGUCCGCAUCGGACCCAACGACUUGGUAACCAAUGACUCGGAAAUCCUUCGUCGCAUGUGGGCGGUUCGCUCGCCAUACCGCAAGGGCGCUUUCUACGAGGCUGUCAGGUUCGACCCCACGAGGGACAACCUCAUCUCCAUGAGAGAUGACCACGAGCACAACGAGCUGCGCGCCAAGAUGGCCAUCGGCUACUCGGGUAAGGAGAAUGAAGGUCUCGAAUCCGCCAUCGACGGUCAGAUACAGGCCUUUAUCAGACUCAUCGAGGAGCGGUAUGUCUCGACCACCGGUGCCUUUCGCCCGAUGGACCUUUGCCAAAAGGUUCAAUAUCUCACGCUGGACAUCAUCACCUCGCUUGCAUUUGGCUACCAUUUCGGAUACGUCGAGCAAGAUGCCGACGUUCAUCAGUACAUCCAGAUGACGGAGCAGAGCAUGCCUGCCAUGAUGACGCUCUCGGUAUUCCCGCAACUGGCCAAGCUGCUGCAGUCGCCUCUAUUCCGCCAAGCCAUGCCAUCGGAGCAUGACCGCGUGGGGUUCGGCAAGUUCAUCGCUGUUGCCAAAAAGGUCGUGGCGGAGAGGCUGAUGUCGGACAAGACGGCCAAGCGGCGAGACAUGCUUGGCUCGUUCCUCGCACACGGCUUAACUCGAGAGGAGGCCGAAGGCGAGACAUUGGUCCAGAUCAUUGCCGGGUCCGACACCACGGCGACCGCCAUUCGAACGACCAUGCUCUACCUGAUGACGUCCCCCUCCUGCUACUCGAAGCUCGCCAAGGAGGUGCGGGAGGCGGCCAACGCGGGCGUGAUCUCAUCUCCCGUGACUAAUCGCGAGGCGGGCGGCCUUCAGUACCUGCAGGCGGUCAUCAAAGAAGGUUUGCGGGUAUUCCCUCCCGUCACCGGUCUCAUGUCGACGACGGUGCCCGCGGGCGGCGACUUUAUGCACGGCAUGAGCAUCCCCGAAGGCACCGACAUUGGCUGGACGGCAUUUGGCGUCCUUCGCUCCAAGGCGGUGUACGGCCCGGACGCCGACGUGUUUCGGCCGGAGCGGUGGCUUGAGGCCGGCGAGGACGAGCUCAAGGCGAUGACGGCGCAGUGGGAACUCGUCUUCAAGUAUGGAAAGUGGCAGUGCCUUGGCAAGACGGUCGCCCUCAUGGAGUUGAACAAGGUGUUUGUGGAGCUUCUUCGGCGAUUUGACUUCGCCCUGGUUGACCCUGCCAAGUCGUGGAGCUCAUUCUCGGCUGGCAUAUUCAUCCAGUCGGACCUCUGGGUGAGAGUUCAGAAGCUUGGCUAGUCAGUCGUGUCAGUGUGGGAUGGACUUAGGACUUAAGUCUCAGGAACGCGUCGAUGGGGUUGCAGGGACCGGAAACUCUGCGCAGAGUGGUGAGCCAGCUAAUUGGCCUAUAGAUUGGCAUAUAUGGCAGAGGCAGAUUGACAAUACAGAAUUUCUCGUUGACUUCCGACUUGAUCUGGCCAAGCCGCACAGGAGAUGAAGCCUGAGCGAUUGGAGGGUGUUCAUCGUAUGUGAAGGGAAACCCCGUAAGCGAGUGGCCGCGAACUCCGGCCAUCCGAGUCAUGCAGAGUGAGUUCAGGAGGGCUGAGGAAUUACAGUGUGGUCCCAACAUCCACGCACAGAAUUCUGUGUUCAGUCGAACCGGUCACCUGGAGGCCGUCUCAGAAGUACCGGUGAUGAAG